AAACAGCUGUGAAUACAGAGACAGGGCUGCUAGCUAAAGUCUUGGAUAGUUGCAGUGUAUAAUUUGGCAAAACACUGAUGGAAUUUUUGUGUUUAUUGUCGGCGAAAACGAAAAAAGUAUGAGUAACAUACUGCCGUAGCUGAACUAAAAGGCGUUUACUUUGACUGCCUUAACGGCAAGUUAUAUUUAGCAGUUAGCUAAUUGGCUAGCCAUUCAGCUAGCUAGACGUGUAGCUGGUUUAGCUAGCUGUCCGCCGGUUUGUUUUGUUUUUCUGUUAAGAAAAAGGCGUUUCUUCUAUAACACAUGAGUGUGUCUUUGGUCGUUAUCCGUCUGGAAUUAGCCGACCAGUCUCCUUCUCCUCAGGGUUUCCAGUACUCAGCCGUUGAAGGCAUGUCAGAUGAGGAGCUGCAGGAGAAAGCUCUGGGUGUAGCCAAACACGCUCUGAGUGGAAAGACGGAUCUGGAGAGAGCUGCUGUCUUGCACCAGCACAUUGGGAGCAGAGCCAUGGGGGACAUGGUGAUAGAGACCUUUGAGCCCAGCCCAGAUAAAGGAGGAGGUGGAUCAGCAGAGCAGAACAGUGAAGCUCAGGCUGUAAAGCCUGAAGCAGACAGUCAGGAGGAAACUGAGGCUUCACAGGACGCCAGCGAGGCCACAGGCGCUGCUCCUGACUCCCCCUCCAAGCAGCUGCCGGACCAGAUCUCUUUCUUCAGCGGGAACCCGUCAGUGGAGAUCAUCCACGGCAUCAUGCACCUCUACAAGACCAAUAAAAUGACGUCACUGACUGAAGACGUAAGACGCAGCGCGAUGGUGUGCAUCCUCACCGUCCCCGCGACCAUGACCAGCCAUGACCUCAUGAAGCUAAUGGCCCCGUUUAAUGACGUCAUGGAGCACAUGAAGAUCAUACGGGACUCUACGCCGAACCAGUACAUGGUUCUCAUUAAGUUCUGUACACAAGCAGACGCUGACAGUUUCUACACGGCGUGUAACGGCCGCCAGUUCAACUCCAUCGAGGACGCCGUGUGCCAGCUGGUGUAUGUGGAGCGAGCAGAAGUCAUAAAGUCUGAAGAGGGAGCCAGUCUGCCGGUGAUGGAGCUGACUGAGCUGCCAAAGUGCACUGUGUGCCUGGAGAGGAUGGACGAGUCUGUUAACGGCAUCCUCACGACUCUCUGCAACCACAGCUUUCACAGCCAGUGUCUGCAGCGCUGGGAAGAUGCCUCGUGUCCUGUUUGCAGGUACUGUCAAACGCCAGAACCAGUCGAAGAGAACAAGUGCUUUGAGUGUGGAGUGCAGGAGAAUCUGUGGAUUUGUUUGAUCUGCGGACACAUUGGUUGUGGUCGCUACGUUAGCAGGCACGCCUACAAGCACUUUGAGGAAACACAGCAUACGUACGCUAUGCAGCUCACCAACCACCGUGUCUGGGACUACGCAGGAGAUAACUACGUGCAUCGGCUGGUGGCCAGCAAGACCGACGGGAAGAUGGUGCAGUACGAGUGUGAGGGAGACACCUGCCACGCUGAGAAAAUUGACGCGCUUCAACUGGAGUACUCGUACCUGCUGACCAGUCAGCUGGAGUCCCAGAGGGUUUACUGGGAGAAUAAGAUCGUUCACCUGGAGAAGGAGACGGCCGAGGAGAUAAACAACAUGAAGGCUAAGUUUAAGGAGACUCUGGAGCGCUGUGACAACCUGGAGCGACGCUUUGGAGAAAUCAGCAAGGAGAAGCAGAGCAUAGAGAAAAAGUGCACUCAGCUGGGCAACCGAGUGGUGAAGCUGAGCCAAGAGCUGAAGGAGGAGCAGGAGAUGAACUGCUGUCUGAGAGCCAAUCAGGCUCUGCUGCAGUCCCAGCUGGCAGAGGAGGAGCGCAAAGGCAAAGAGAGCGGUGAUCGUAAGGACGUGGCCAUAGGAGAACUUCAGGAGCAGCUGAGAGACGUGAUGUUUUAUCUGGAGACGCAGCAGCAGAUUGAACACCUGCCUCCGGAGGCUCGCAGCGAAAUCCAGGAGGGGCAGAUCAACAUCGCGGCCAGCCCGUCAGACGGCGCUCUGGGCUCGGCCGGAGCCGGCGCCUCCUCUGGGAGAGGCAGGAGAGGCCGGGGCAGGAAGAGGAAGUAGGCGGCGGUCAACAUCUAAUGGAACGUGCUAGAAACUGUUGCUGCCUCUGAAGUGUGGACACAUGAUCAUGGCUGUCCUUUUGUUAAUGUGUCUACAUCACUGUGAGCUCUCGGAGGAGACGUGAACGCUUCACAGCGGACGACGCCGCACAGGAAAUCGAACACAGUGUAAAUCGAGAUGAUAUUUAGCUGCACAAUUUCCCACCUUCGACCUGAUGUAGCUUCCGCGAGGAGAAACGUGGAGAAUGUCGGUGGAUUGCUGCGUCAGUAAAUGCACAGAAACCUUUGUGGUAUUUUCAUCUGUGAUGUAAAUCUGUUCCAAAUCUAAAAAUAGACUCUAUUUUGGUCAUAAUCUAUUUAUUUGAUCAAACUUAAAUUCAUUUGUGCCCAGUCUGAAACCCUGUGAUGGCUCUUCUUAUCAGUCAGCUCGACAUUGUUAUAUUUCUUUUAAAUGUACAGAUGAGCGCUGGACAAAGAGAAGCAGGUAGAUGAACGUUUGCUCUGUGUGAAGGAAACAUAUGACCAGGUUUUCUCAUGUUUUCCUGAAUCCUUUUAGACUGGACUUUUUGUCUGUUCUCAAGUAAAAUGCUGAAAUGUUUAUUUUUUUUUUGAGCACUUUUUUCCUCAAUAGUUUUCAAAACUGAUGCUGAAAUCUGCUCAGGAUGACAGAGAAAGAGAAAAGCUGGAGGUGGAACGGUCGCUAACCGAUGUUAAACUCAUCCCUUUACAUCUAAGUCAGUGAUUUCCAGCCAGGGUACAUGUACCACAUGCAGUAUUACUGCAUUUGUGAGGAGGUACCUGAAAGGAUUGUGAAGUAGCUCCACUAAACUGAAAAAAACAGAAGUUAUGAUUCAGUAAAAAAAACCCAAACAUUUGCAUUUAAGAUGAAAAUAAACACAAUUUGGUUUGCAAAGUGAGGCAGAGCUUCAGUAUAUUUAUGGUCACAACAACCAAUGAACUAUCAGCUGAUAGGCUGACUGCAGGACUCUCCUCCCACCGACCUCAGUCAGCUGAACAUGACUGCCAAUCACACCUGCACAAUUACUCAAGUACUAUUAUGUGGUACUUGAGUAUUUCCACAUUUGCUACUUUAUAGUUCUACUCCACUACAUUUCAGGAGGAAACAGAUUUUCCUUUUUACUCCACUGUUCUUGUUUGACAGCUGUUUUAAAUGCAAAACGUAUUCGUUUCUCUUAUAUGAUACAUGAUUAGAAUUACAGCUGCAGCAAGUAGUCCACUGACAGGAAGUUAACAGGCAACUAUUUUCAGGUGAAAACAAUCAAAAUGUUCUUUUGUUCACUCUUAAAUGUGAAAAUGUGCCUUGAAAUAAUCACAAAUUGAGUAUGUGGGGAUUUUGGACAAAAUGAGACAUUUGUGGGGGUCAUUUAAACUGUUCUGAUUUUACUUUAGACAAAAUCUGCAGAUUUAUCAAUUAUGAAGAUAAUUAGUUGCAGCCCUCGUUAUUGAUGGAUAUAUUAUUUGGUUAAAUAGUUGAAAUCAGCUGCAUAAUUAAAAUACUUAUACAUGUUGCAUCAGUUAUAAUCAUCCCAUAAUUUAAUAAAGUGCUCAGAAAGGGGCAUGUGUACUUGUACUUCCGAUUACAUUUUGUUGCUAAUACUUUCAUACUAAAGAUUUUUGGUGUAGAACUUUACUUGUGGUGGAGUAUUUUUACUGCUGCUUUCACUUUUAAAAUACUUCAUCAUGAGCCAUCUUAAAUUUAGAAACACGUUUUCUGACCUUUUCCUGUGUCAGAUGUGAGUCUGUCAGUCUGUCCUGUAUACAAAGCGACAAUCACAACACAACAUGUGUAUUUUGAAAACACUGGCGUCAUCUGGUACGACCAUUCGUGACUUUGUUGAACAUGUUAAUUUGCAGAAUAUUCAUGUGAAGGCUUUCGAUG